AUGUCAGACGAUUGUUACAAAUGUGGACGUCCCGGUCAUUAUGCACGCGAUUGCCAAGCUGCCCCAAGAGGUGGUGGUAGAGGCGGAGGAGGUGGCUAUCGUGGAGGACGAGGUGGUGGCGGUGGAAGAGAUCGAGACAAUAACGAUGGUCGUCGUGACGGCUGCUUCAACUGCGGUGGGCUUGAUCAUUAUGCUCGUGAUUGUACCAGUGGUCGUGGACAUUAUGGUGGUGGUGGAGGUGGUUACGGGGGCUAUGGUGGUCGCGACAAAUGUUACAACUGUGGUGGGACGGGACACUUUGCGCGAGAUUGUACGAAUGAUGGACAGCGAGGUGGUGAUAGUGGCUAUAAUGGUGGAGGCGGUGGUGGUGGUGGUCGUUGUUACAACUGUGUCUCACCUUAUUGUUCGAAAUGA